AUGAACCAAUCAGUGAUGAGCAGUCUCUGUAGUAGCCUAGAUACUGUAGAAACCUGUUAUUGUGAGGUGUCCAGGUGGAUCCAUUCUGCCAUGAAAGGUCAGCGUGUCUCAGAUGGUGUGUGCAGAUGCUGGAGAUUCCUCACCUGCCUACUGGCAUCACUGCUAAUGCUAGCCAUCAUUGCGAUUCUUCAAUUUGGAGAUCUCAAACUUCGACGAAGAUCUAUUACCACCAAUAUCACCGCCUCAAUGACAGCACAGUCACAAGUGCGGCUGGUGAAUGGUAGAAACCGGUGUGAGGGGCGUGUGGAGGUGCUCCAUAACGGCACAUGGGGAACGGUGUGUGAUGACGACUGGGACAUGGUGGAUGCUAAUGUGAUAUGCCGGCAGCUGGACUGUGGAUUGGCCGUGGCUGUAGGGAGCAGCUCCAGGUUUGGACAAGGUUCUGGGCCAAUUCUGCUGGACAACGUGGACUGUAAAGGGGGAGAGGUGGACUUGAGUCAAUGUGGGAAUCAGGGAUGGGGAAUCCAUAACUGCUACCACUAUGAAGAUGUGGCUGUUACCUGUAGAGGUAUGUUGAGUAUGAAUGCACCCCCAUAAAACUUCCCUUCCUUUGGUGCAGGAGAUGGUACCAUACGACUGGCAGGGGGUUUGGACCGGUGCCAGGGCAGGGUGGAGAUCUACUAUGGAGGCAGUUGGGGAACCGUGUGCGAUGACGAUUGGAGCAUGAGAGACACAGCAGUUGUGUGUCAACAAAUCAGCUGCGGACAAGCUGUCACUGCAACUACCAACGCCUACUUCGGCUAUGGGACGGGACUGAUUUUGCUCGACAAUGUGAACUGUAAUGGGCAUGAAAGUAACCUGGCCACCUGUUAUAGCCUCGGCUGGGGAAUUCAUAACUGUGGCCAUCAUGAGGAUGCAGGUGUCAUCUGCUCAGGUUCAAGUUCCACCACGCUCCCCUCUAUCAACACAGAGACUAUAGGACGAGGAUUCAUCUUUACAGAAAGUACACCAGAUACAGAAAUGACAGUAUCACUGACUCAGACAACAACCACUACGACCACUGCAGCGACAACAAAAGAGAAGCCAAAUGUCCGUUUAGUGAAUGGUAACAAUAACUGUCAGGGGCGAGUGGAAGUCCUUUACUUUACGGUUUGGGGAACUGUGUGUGAUGAUGACUGGGAUAUGGACAAUGCUCUGGUGGUGUGCAGACAGCUGGGAUGCGGGCCACCAAUUGCAGCCAAAUCUCUGGCUUACUUCGGCUAUGGUUCAGGUCCCAUUCUGCUGGAUAACGUCGACUGUCGUGGCAAUGAGCAAAAGCUGACCGACUGUUUUAACCUGGGAUGGGGACAGCACAACUGCGGCCAUCACGAAGACGCUGGAGUAAUCUGUGCACCUCCGCUGGAUUUUGAGGUAAUUGCGAGAGACUUUGUGUUUGGGAUAACGGAGAAGAUGACUCCAACUACAACUGCAACGACCACAACACCACCACCAGUGGAAGGUACCAUGAGGCUCAUAGGGGGGCUCCAUCGUUGUGAGGGCCGUGUAGAGAUGUACCUGAGAGGAGAAUGGGGUACUGUGUGUGAUGACGCUUGGGAUCUUCCGGAUGCUAAAGUGGCGUGUAGGCAAUCGGGCUGUGGGUUGGCACGAGCUGCCCAAGGGCAUGCGUACUUUGGGCCCGGUCGUGGCACAAUCCUCCUGGACAAUCUAAAAUGCAACGGCACAGAAGCUACCCUCAUGACGUGCUCUCACAUAGCAUGGAAUGUCCACAACUGUGACCACUCAGAGGAUGCCAGCGUCACAUGUGAACUCUCAUGACUCCACCCACCACUAGCCCCGCCCACCAGCAUAUAUGAUCGGAAUGGAA